AUGGCGCGAACAGUCACCGUGCCGCCAAUCCAGACGGCUCGUCUAGACAUGGUACCCGGCUCCCCGGUGAACAAAAACCUCUGGGCCAUUUCGGAGGAUGCAGUCGACGACAUGACCGAGACCCCUGAUACACCCAGCAGUCCCAUGACAAACUAUCCCAUAUAUCCCGGCCUGCAGACCUUCUCUGGCAAGGUGCCAGGCACGCCACCACCUACAGCCCUGAAUUCGCCGCGGAAAUUAUCCAACAGUUCUGCGACCACUGUUUCGACAAUCUUCUCGCGCGAAUCGGUACGCUCAGAGCUCCAGCGCUCUUCUUCCUGGGGCAGCAGGACUAGCAUCGAAUCUCUCGAGUCGAGUGGGCAAUGGAAGGUCACGAGCGGAGGGUACCGGGUGCCGCAGCCAUUGAGGAGGAGGAGGACCAAUCCCUUACCGAACGAGCUGUUCGAGGCACUGCCGGGCGAGGUGUUGCAACUGAUAUUAGAUAAUCUCAAAGAUGCACACCUGGGUGGGAGCAAGACAAAUGGAGAAGUCAGCUGUGCGACUUGCUGGCAGCGAGAUCUGUGCUCCGUCGCGCUUUCCUCCAAGCGAUGGUGCAUCUACGCACGGGCUGCUCUUUACGGUGACAUUCAGCUUGUCGGCUCGGACUCGGCCUCCCACAAGAAGCGCUUCAAGAACAUACAGGGCGCAAGGCUUCUUCUGCUACGUAGGACACUGCGCUCAGAGCCUGACCUGGCGGCUCACGUACGCUCACUCAAAGUACCCAGGCUCGACACCACAGCCAAAGGCACCACCAGUAAGACCUUGGAGCAGUACGACGAUCUUACCGCGACUCUAGUCAUGGCGUGCCCCAACCUCGAGCGCCUGCAUGGCCACAGGACACCCUACGACCACUCGCACAAAAAGAUCUUCCACGCCCUGUCUACGCGCGCCAAGCUCAAGCAGAUGGACUGGGUCAUUGAGCCUUCUGCUCUGCAGAAGCAGAAAGGCUCACAGACCCGCCUCGCCAACGGCCUCGUCAUGCCGGGCGAGCUCUCCCCCGUUCAGGAGGGGGCUUUCCUCGAUCACCAUCGCCGCUGGUCGGAGCUCACCAGCCUCUCGAUACAUUGUCUGCCUGGCGCCACCAUCACGCCAGACUCACUCCUCACCAGAGCCCUGAGCAUGCUGCCCAACCUGCAGCAACUCCAUCUCUGCAACCUCCCACCCAACGCCUUCAACGACGCUACUCUCCUCGCCUUGCCGCCACUGCGCACCCUGAGCCUCACGCACAUCACCGGCAUCUCCUCCAGCGGCCUCUCCUCCUUCGCCACGCGGCCCAUGAGCCAAUCGCUCCAGGCUCUCCACCUCCGUCACACGCCACUCACCUCCCUCGCGACCCUCACACGCAUCCUCUCCAACCUCUCCCGCCUCACCUCCUUCUCCUUGGCGCAGGCCUUCCCGCCCCUCAUGCCCGAGGUCGACUCAUUCACCCUCUGCCUCAUGCCGUACCUCGCCUCCGCCAGCCUCAAUAAAAUCCACUGGGACAUCACCUCGCACCGCGACUGCGCCAACGCCGCAGACGACAUCCUCGCACGCUCCAUCGCCGCGGGCGGCUUCCCCGCCCUGCGCUCCCUGCGCGCGCCCAACGAUCCCGACGCCGUCUUCCAGCAGCUCUGCCGGCCGGUGGAACGCGUUGAUCUGCCGAGCGAUCGCUUCUGCGCCAGCGAUAUGACAACCGACAGACCACCGCUCCCCAAGUCGCCCUCGUUCGAGUCAUCGCCCAUAUCCCCGCUUCAGUAUCUAUCCUUCUCCCCUCGAACUCCGUCCUCACCGACGACGAGCGGACUCGAGCCUAUCCCCCUCAGCUGCACAAACCUGAGGCUCGCGCGACUCGCAGCUCAGACUCGUCUCGAAAAGGCACGCGCGCAUCCCAAGUUUGGCGUUGUCGUCACGGACGAGGAGGGCGCGACGGUCGACACCUUCCAGCUGGGCGCCUACAUGGGCACAGUGGGCAGCCCCAUCAUCUACAACCUCCUCCCUGAUGCCGGGUCGAGUGACGAAAAGGGUGGCGCGGUCGACAUGCGCGACCUGAUGGGCGACGCGGGUGAGGUCCUCUCCGGCGGCAGGGAAGGCUGCACAGGCGCCUGGAACAGGAGAGAGGGCGUGGUGGCGGACAAGAAGGAGAAGGAGAGGUGGUGGCACACGGAGCGUGGCCGAUGGACCAGGAUCGAGCUACAGUAA